AUGGGUUCCCUCAUCAGCAAAACCAAAGCCAAGUCCCAUACUCCCGAGAAAACCAUGGCUUCAUUAGCAUUCACCCACCUCGCUGGUGCUCAAACAGAGUUCAAACCUCCCCUUAUCGCGAACGAGAAUGCGUAUCUCGGUGACGUCGCUACCUCUACCGAUGCCACAGCCCCCAUCUCGGCAGGUUUCUAUAGAUUAGAGAAGGGAACUCCGUUGGUGUAUGAGUAUACGUAUCAUGAGAUGAAGAUCAUUGUCGAUGGGGAGUUUGAUAUCAGUGAUGAGACGGGACAGAAGGUUCAUGCGACGAAGGGGGAUGUGUUUUAUUUCCCCAAGGGAAGUAAGAUUACUUUUACGACGGAGAGCUUUGGGUUAGGGUUCUUUGUUGGGCAGAGAAAGGAGGGAACUGCAUAG